AUGUUGGUCUCACCAUUUGAAAUGGAGAGACGUCAAAUCUUUGCUCGAAUGGAACAAAUAAACCACGAAGUGGACAGAACAACCGGUCUGAUGUCUACAUUCCAAUCAAGAGAUGUUGCUGCAGUUCUGGCCGUCAGAAGCAUCACUCCAGCUCAGUUCUUCCGUCUCAAUUGUGUUCUCCAACAAGCAACCAACUUCUCCUUGACUCUAUGGGAGUUGAAGAAAGCGUACCUCCGAGAAAUCCAGAAACUCAAGGAUGUGGAUAACAGGGAGAUCUUGCACAAUGAGAGCUCGUUCUCAGAUGCUGAUGCUCGGGUUUAA